AUUAUAGUACUCAGAAAUUUUGAACCACCUGCUUAAAAGAUGAGUCUAUACUUCGUCACUUAUCACGCAGAUGGCGCUCACAACUCCCUCUAUUUACUUUCAUUUUGUGAUUCUUUCUUGAGCGAUUUCUUUUCGGAUCGUUUGUUCUUAACAAAAAUAUAAUUGCUCAAGUUUUUAAGUAAUAAUUAUUGCGUUACUUUGAUAUUUCAUCGCCAUGAGUAAACGUAUACGAUAAAAAAGGAGUUAAAGAUUUAAGAAAAUUUCCCGACGAAGAUCGUUGGAAAUUUCCUGACUUAGAUGACACUUCAAUGUUAUGUGUGCGUUGUCGAUUCCGUGUCAAAGAAUAUAUUCCGCCGGCAUCAGAGGAAGAGGAAAUUAUUUCAAGUCAAAUUAGUGUUGAAAGUCUGAGUAUAUCAGCUGAAAUUUGUACUCAAGGAAGCAGUUUAUCUCGAACUGUCAGUAAUUUUAGCGACAAUCUAUGUGAUUACAAUGAUCAUUCUUUAGAGCGAUUUUUGAAAAUUCCUCUUAUUGAAAAAGACAGGUUAUAUUCUGAAAAAAAUUAUGGAGUAAAAAAACUUGAUGAGAGCUAUGCUGCCCUAGAGAAUAAGUUCCAAUCACAAUUUGGAAUAGUACCUGAAUCUACCUACAGAAAGAUUAAUCAAGAUCAUUGUUCCAUGAUAGCUAAAGUGAAGAAAUUAUAUAACCCUGAAAGUGACAAAUCAAUAAAAAAGAAGCUGCUUUCAAUUUUACCCGACAGUUGGGAAGUCAGUUGUAUAGCAUCUGAAUUUAACUGUUCUCGAAAAAUGGUACUGAACUUAAAAAUGAUAUCAGUGAAUCUGAGAAUGUUGAUUUAGACUCUGGUGAAAUGACUACUAAUACUUUGAAUCCCACAAAAGUUCCAGGCAAUCAUCCGCUUAAGUUAGAUGUAAAAAAACUUGUCAUUGAUUUUUAUGAAAGCGAAGAAAACUCAAAACAAUUAGCGGGCAUGAAAGAUUUUAAAUCUGUGAAGGAUUGUGAUGGAAAUCGAACUAGGGUACAAAAAAAGUUGAUUCUUUGUAAUUUAAAAGAAUUGUACCAAAGCUUCAAAGCGCAAUAUAAUUCAGUGGCAAUCGGAUUUUCUAAAUUCGCUAGUUUGAGGCCUACUUAUUGUAUUCUUGCUGGAAGUAGUGGUACACAUGUCGUAUGUGUUUGUACUAUUCAUCAAAAUGUAAAAUUGAUGUUAGAAGGAUGUAAUUUUCCAAAAUUUGCGAAAAACACCGAUUGGGUUGUCGAAUCUCAGCCAAUUUACAAAAAUUUAUUAAAUAAAUUAGUUUGUAACAAUCCAAAAGAAUCGUGCUUUUCCAGAAUGUGCAAUAGUUGUCCAAAUAAUGAAGAAAUCGCUGAUUAUUUUCGUGUGUCGUUUAAUGAAUCUGAUGUUAAUGAAAUCCAAUAUAAAAUGUGGACAUCAACAGACCGUUGUACUAUUGUGAAUGUUACUUCAGAUUCCGAAGACUUCAUCGAGACUUUAGUGACGCAACUUGAUAAGCUUUUGAAACAUGAUUUUAUUGCGAAAACACAAAGUCGAUUUUUUUCUGAUACAAAACUAAAUUUAAAGAGCGGGGAAUUCGCCGUAGUAUUUGACUUUGCGGAAAAUUAUGCAUUCGUUGUGCAGGAAGCAGCUCAAGGCUUUCAUUGGAACAAUGAUCAAGCUACUAUAUUUCCAAUGGUGAUUUAUUAUAACGAAAAUGAUACUAUUAAGCAUUUGAGCUUUGUUGGUAUUUCAGAUUGUCUUAAGCACGACACAGUUUUAAUUUAUUUAUUUCAAGAGCAAUUGAUUGCCUUUCUUAAAAAGAAGUUUGCUGUCAUCAAUACGAUUUUUUACUUCUCUGAUGGAGCCCCACAACAAUUCAAAAACAAGAAAGUAUUUACAAACUUAUGUUAUCAUUAUGCUGACUUCGAAAUCAACGCUGAGUGGCAUUUUUCUGCAACUGCCCAUGGCAAAGGACCAUGCGAUGGUCUUGCGGGUUCAUUAAAACGAUAUGCUGCUAGAGCUUCAUUACAAAUGAACAAUAAAGAGCAUAUACUGAAACCACAAGAUUUGUUUUCCUGGGGAACGAAAAAUUUUACAAGCGUUGACUUUAUUUUUAUAGCUAAUGACGAUUAUUUAAUAAAAAAAAAUGUGUUAGACGUACGAUAUUCUCAAUCGAAAACGGUGAAAGGUACACAGUCAUUACACACUUUUGUGCCUUUAAAAGAUGAAAUUGGUUAUGCUUUCAUUAAAACUGUGUCCACAUCUCAAAAAAGUUCAAAAAUAAAAGUAUUUUAAUUAUAAUGAA